AUAUUUUGUGUUGUGUUUCUUUAGCGCCACUCUUUUUAAACACUCAAAAAUUCGCAAACAUGUACUAUAAUGCAUGUAAAAGAUGACGUAAAGUACCUAAAAAUAGAUAUCAUAAAUUUAUUACUUUCGUUUUAUGAUUACCAGUUAAACGACUUUAUCUGAUUGAAUACUUAUAUUCCAUUUUUUUAGGUGAUUUGCUUAUUGUUACUAUUUUAACUACUGAUUACCUUAUUGGUUCAUUAGUUAAUUAAAUGGCUAAUUGUAAGUUAAAAGUUAUGAAGACAAAAGUUUGGAAACUGCAGAGAGGUUAGUUUGUAAAACAAAAAUGGAGAAAAACAAGCACAUUUAUAUAAUGCAAAUUUUAUUAGUUUGCGGCAUCACAUUUGGAUCACAAAAUUUGGACUUGAAUAAUAAACAUGUUUGGGCGGCAAGCAUUGCACGAAAUGUUCUUUACAUUUUAACAAUACAAGCACUGAGGGGGGUAUGUGUGGUGGGCUAUACAAUGUACCGUAAGAAUCAGGCGCUGGAUGCCAAAGUCCUGGACAGGAUGAACCGGCAUCAUGUCAUGAUGUUUCUUGCUUGUGUAGCUUUCCUCGUCCUCAGUGAACAGAACAUACUUGAUAGAAGCAUCUACUUGAUUGUAUUAGCAAGCCUCGUUACUGAUAUUCCGAAUAUAGUUAAAAAGAAAGACAACAAAAUAACAAUGAACUACGCAAUGGGGAUGGCCUGCAGCUACUUCGAGGGUUACCUAGUCCACGUGCUGCCCUCAGACGGAGCCUUUGGUUUCCUGGAGAACAUCAGGGCAUACGAGGAUAACCAGGGAGUGGUGUUCCCCGUGAAGAAACUCUUCAUUGUGGUCACCAAGUCCCUGUAUAGUCCACCAGCGCUCAAAGACUACAAUAAGUCGGAUAGAAAUGAUGUUGCUAGAAUUGAAGCUUGUAGUGCGUUAAGCACGAUCCAGAAAGACGUGGCCGGUGUAAAGGACCGCACAUACAAGAACACUGCCUACAAGAUCUACCGCCCCACCGGCCGACCCGUCUGCCUCUCUGUGGAGGGCGGGACUCCACUCGCCACUCUCUUUCGGGUGCUUAGGAACAGGGACCUUAGUGAAGAACUGAUAGGUCUGGACCGAGAGGAAGUAGUGAAGGACUUUCUGACAUCUCUGCGCAAAAUCAUUGACAAGAGCCCAGAGUGCAGGGGCAAGUGCGAGCUGAUCUAUUUUGAUGACACGGAUAGAAACCUAAACUUAGCGGAUGUGCUGUUGGACAGAAUUCGUGAAUUGGAGCCCAAUUUCGAAGAAAUUAUUGCUGAGAGGAGGUAGAAACUAUGUGCAUCAGUUCCAAGUUUUAUUGUAAUCAGUUUAAGGUGAUCUCACUCAUCAUUGUUAUUUUAUACUGUUGUCAAAAAAACAAGAUGUUUUUUAACUAUCAAAAUCAUUGAAAGAAGGUUAACGUUAACUUUCUUUAAUCAUUUUUAAUAUUUGACUUUGAAAGGUGAAAUCAGUGCUUAGAAUGCAAGACUGUUGCUUAUAUGAGUAAAAAUAAAUAGGUGUAAGUACAAACCAUACAAAAUGGUAGAAUUUUACUGCCAAGCUAAAACUUGUUGCAUAUUAAGUUUUGUACAAUCUGGGAGCUAAAGAAAAACAUAUUUUUAAUAUACAAACUUACAUAACUUUAAGUCAGUUUUAAAAACUGCUUAAAGUUAAGUAAUGAUAUUAAGUAAUGUUUAUAUUUAGAUUUAAGUUUAUAUUUUAAUUCAAAUGAUAGUGGCAUUGUGAGCCUAGUCAUUGACAUAGUUAUUUUUUUAAAGAUUAGUUUAGUAUAUGUUGUUGUUAAAACUAAUUGUUGUGUGGCAAAUUGUUUUACAAUAGAUAAGUCAUUGUGACGAUAUUAUUCUAAAAUUAAUUAUAAGAUCUGCUUGCAGGUUCUUAAAUAUAGGCCCUAAAUGAAACUUAAAAAUAAUUAUUUACAUUGUCUAUGGUUUUAAUAAUUAUUAUAAUUGAAAUUAAUUGAAAAUAUUCUUACUUAAUUACCUGAGUGCACUAGAAGAAGGGUUAUAAUUUUUUAUAAAUAAUAUUUUUGUUCCUGUUUUAAGUACCUAAGUACACGCAGUUAUAAAUGGAUGGUAUAGUAAAUAUUAUAGUGCAGUCCUGUAAAACCUUGUGAAACAACUGAAAGAGGUUUUUUGACUUGUAAAUUGGAGUUUGGUUUUUGAAACAUUUUAAUGCAUAGUUCAA